UUUAUCUAUCAGUUUGCCGUAGACAUUCAUACAUCAUCUGUCGUGAUUGAAUUCAGGUGUAAGAUAAAUUUAUUAUUUCAUUCAUCACUCAAGUUGUUCAUCUCCUAAAGUAGAAAAAAAAAAAUUUUUAACAAAAAUUUCACAUCAAAAUGUUAAAUAAAGUAAAUAAAAACCCAGCGACAAUUUUUAUAAAAUUGCUCAAAAAAUUACAACCUGAAAUUUUGUGUUUUAAUAAUGAAUCAAUAAAUAGUGAUUGUGUUUAAUUUUCUUAGCCACUCGAUUAAAUUAUUUUGACGAAUAAUGGAGGUGUCUUUGGGCGGAGUGACCUCCGAGCGGGAAGGAAAUAUCAACAGUAGUCUAGAAAUAGAGAAGAUAUCAGAACUUCUUGAUAACUUCUAUAAGAGCUUGCAGAACGAUGCGGAUUAUUUUUUGAUAUCACUGUACAUUCCGACAAUUGUUGUUGCUGUCACUGCUAAUUUAAUAGUUAUCACUGUUGUGGUUAAAUAUCAACAUAUGCGCAGCAUAACAAAUUAUUUCGUCGUAAAUCUGUCGAUAGCUGACCUUUUGGUGACACUUAUCUGCAUGCCUAUGUCCGUAAGCCAGGCUAUUUCGAUAAUAUGGAAUUACGGUGAAAUAAUGUGUAAGCUUUUCUACUAUCUCCAGGGUGUUGCUGUAGCAGCUUCUGUAUUUACGAUAACAGCCAUGAGUGUUGAUAGAUACCUGGCUGUCAGAAGCCCAAUGGAUCUGCAUAGAAUGUUCAAUCGUAAAACCACUAUAAUGACUAUAAUAACACUUUGGUUUAUCGCGCUCACUAUAUUUGCUCCACUAUUAAAAGCGGUAUCACUUGAAAAUCUAGAUUUACAAUUAAACUUAACUCUUGUUGUGAUGGCAGCAGAGAAUGAAAGCCUGAAAAUCCUCGAACCACCUAGUCUUCUAGUUUGCUCGGAGGAUUUUAAACCCCUUGGGAUUCACGCGCACGUUUUUGGAACCUUUUGCUUCGUACUAGUUUACGCAAUUCCCGGAUUUGUCGUAAUCCUGGCGUAUUCACUAAUGGGUCGGACUUUGUGUGCCAGAAAACCGCCAUUUGAUUACGAUUGCAACGCUGGAAGUGCAAGCUCACAACAGGGUUUUAGAUUGAUGCGUGAGCGUAAGCGGGUAGCUUGGAUUUUACUGAUUCUCGCCAUCCUCUUCGCACUUUGCUGGUUACCGUACAACGUCCUGCGGUUGCUUGUUGACCUCGACGUCGUAUAUCAAGACAGAGUGAUUCCGGUUUUACUUCCUUAUUGCCUGUAUCUUGGGCAUGCCAAUAGCGCACUCAACCCCGUGGUCUAUUGCUUCAUGACACGCAAUUUCCGUCAGAGUGUGAAGAAGAUUCUUUGUCGGCGGUUCGGAAAAUCUGAUAAAUCUAAACCCAAUCGAAAGAGUGCCAAAGGUGCGGGUAUAAUUUUGGGGUCAAGCAUAAAACAGCGGGGAAUGCGAAUUCAAAGAGCACCCCGGGUAGCUGGAAUUAUUGCAGAAGCUGAACUUGCAACCGUCAGAAAUGUUCCAGAGCGUAAUGCAACUUCGAGCAGUGGCUAUGACAGCUCUAACAGUCGCCACAGCCCACAUCGACGCUGCUAUAUGUUGAAAAACUUGUCGACGGUAAAAAUUGUAGGACGAGCUUCUGCAACAAAUUGUGCUCCCGGGAAGUCGCUCACUAAACAGGAACAAUACCUUACAACAAGUUUGAACGAUGUUGACCUCAGUAAUACAUAUAAAAUUAACCGAGAAGUCCAAGGCCCUCGGCGUAGUAGGAGUUUGCAAACUUUAUCAACUGUUACCAUUCAUCGGCAAAAUACACUCGAAAGUACUGUUCAAGCUACUCAAUUUAUCAACGAUAUCUGAAAGUACCAAGUAUCUAACAAUAAUUUAAUAUUACCUCAAAAUUUCAACUGAUAUUUACCAAGCAUCGAUCAGAAAACCAAUAUUAUCUCGGGCUGUAAGUCAAUAUACUUGGUCUAACCCAAUUAAUAUAUAAGUACGUCCAUAUUUUCUUUCAAUUACACAGCAGAUUGGACAUGAAAAUUAAUAAGCAUGUUUUAAAAUUAAAAUUUUUUAAGCUGAAGAAUGAUAAAACCCAGCUAAAGAAUUUGUAAAAAAAAUAUCAAAUAUCUAAUUUAAUCUACAAAUUUAUAUCUUAAUAAUUAUUUAAGAAUAUUUUCUUUAAAAUAUUAAAAAAA